AUGGAUGGACAUACAGCUAUCGAGCAACAGUGGCAGCAGAGAAUCAACAACAUUGACAGACGACAUCGCCAGCGAGUGGUGCCGAUGAGGGUUUUGGUGCUUGGGCUGAGCCGCACAGGAACAAAUUCACUGCGAAAUGCUCUCCGGCAGCUAGGGUACAGUUCGACAUAUCAUGGCUACGCGGCGGCUCUGGAGAAUCCGCGAGACUGUGAGAUGUGGCUUGCGGCUCUGCGUGCGAAGUUUAAAGGUACCGGGACGUUGUUUGGCAGAGAAGAGUUCGAUCGACUGCUAGGGCACUGUCAGGCCGUGACAGAUAUCCCCGCUGUCUGCUUUGCAAAGGAGUUGAUCGAGGCAUAUCCCGACGCAAAGGUCAUUCUGAGCAAUAGAAAUGUGGAUGAGUGGCACAAGUCCGUCAUGUGCAACCUUGUCACACCCACCUACAGCUUCUCAUCCGCUCUGCUGGCUCGAGCGGCUUGGGCUUCCAGGAGCACCAGUCGCUGGAGCCGGCCGGUUGCCAUUCUCAUCUUCGAGAAGUUCUUCAAGGGCUUCGCUGUGAAGGGAAAGGAUGUGUAUCGAUCACACUACCAAGCUGUCCGAUCUUUGGUGCCGAAGGAGAGACUGCUUGAGUACAACAUCAAGGACGGGUGGGAACCACUCUGCAAGUUUUUGGAGCAGGAGGUCCCACGGUGCUCCUUCCCAAAUGGCAAUGAAGGAGAAGCAACUCAGAAGCUUAUUCGGGAACUCAAGACUCGUGAGGUAAAGCUGGCAGGUGGUAAGCUUGCAAUCCUCUUGGCGAUGCUGCUGGUGGUGUACUGCUCGUGGUGCGUUGCCUGUGGCCGAUACCCAGCAGUUCUUGGGUGA